AUGGACCCACUAGCCCAUCUAAACUUCGCCGACGAGCCUCGCAAGGAUCUCUGCGAACCCGACCCUCCCCCUGUUUCUCGCUUUUUGUCCAAGGGCAGCGUCGCCGUCAAUUUCCCAUCCUGGGAACACCGGGCCUUUCCGGGCUCGCCGUUGCGGGUCGAGUCGAGAACUCGGUCGGCCGAUUCCCGUCUGCGCUUGUCCACUACUGUGUCUCGCGGGCCGAGACCCUCGACAUCGCACUCCUCGUCCUCGUGGAACUCCUCAGCGUCGUUCCCGGCUGAUUACCCCACCACCCUCCCUCCCACGCCCCCGGAUGACGACAGCCCUGUUGCGUGGAACCCCAAGUCCGGGAUGCUGCUAUUUGACGCUCAACCUCCCCGCGAUCCGGGCUCCAUGCCCAUGAUGGAUGAGGGCCCCAGUGUGGAGAACUCUUCUGCGACCGGUGCCUCGGAUAGCUUGAGCCCAUCCGACGGGCUCUCUCACGGAUCGUCCAGCUCGGGAAGUCCUGGACCCCAUGACGAGAUGGACUGCCAGCAGGAUUCCGGGUCAUCCUUGGAUCAUGGCAUCAAUGUAACUGUAUCGUCUCUCGCCCGCUCCAACCCACGCGGCGAGGCUGUCAAAAUUGUCUCCCAGACGCUUCCCUAUCCUCGGACAGCCGACCAGUCCGUGUCGCUGCCUAAGGAGGACAGCGUAUUUUGCUCCAUCGUCCAGGCCGUGCACAACCACCUCCAGCCCGGCCAAUCACCCUACAUCAAUGUCACCCAUGCUGUGCCAGAGCAUGCCGCAGUGGUGGGCGCCUACCACGACUUCCGCGGGCCGCUGCAACGGCAACUCUCCCAUGCCCCGAUGCCUGUUGUUCCUCCUCACAGUGUUCACAUUUCCGUCCUCGAGCGGUACCUCCCGCCCCCUUCUGCCCAGGAGUAUCGGGAUCUGUUCUGCUCGACGCGACCGUCGUUCCUAGUGGACCGACUAUGCGAGCUUUCCCCGGAUGGUGGCUCGAUGCUCCUUAUCUACCCGACCAAGAAGGGGGCCUCCACCUUCAAAUCACAAUAUCUUGGUCCGAUCCUCGACCCACUGCUCCGCCAGCUGGUCGUGGUGAAUGGACUGUCGGCCGAUGUGGGCCGCUUCCUGGGCAAGCUUUCGACGGUCUCGCAGAUGGAUGACUUCGCUACGAUGCGGGCAAACAUCGUCACCCUGUGCGAGGCCCUGAGUUCGCCCUCAUCGCGGUUCCAGUUGGCCGAUGCCGGUCGGGGCAGCACCCACCUCGACCGCAGUCUCUGGGCCGAGUGGUACAUCCACCAAGAAAAGGCCCGGAUGAAAGAGGUGCUCAGCCUGUAUUGGCAGAAUGGCCGCCGACCCUCACUACACAAAGCCUCGGGCUCUGGAGGCUCGGGUGGCUUCAUGGCAGACAAAGAAGUGACGUCUGCCAUGCUGCUCGGCGAGAUCUUCGAUGGCAUCCGCAAACGACCCUACGGCGAGGACAGUGAGCCGCGCGAUGGCGUCGAGUUGGGUGUCUUUGUGAUCCGCCGAACCCAUUAG